AGAGGAAAAAGAGCAUCCGCCAUAUUUGUUUACUGCAUUGAACAUUAAUAAUAAUUUUUUGUUGAUCGUUGGGUGACAUUUUACAUAUGGAGUUUUAUGAAUCAAGUGCAUAAAAUGUUUAUUAUAACAUAAAAUAAUUUUUGUACCGAGUAUAAUGGAUGAAGAAGACGACGUUUUAUUUGUGAGACGCAACAGUAAGACAAUGAAUGACGCAACUCACGAAGAUGUAUGGGAUGAUUCUGCCUUGAUAAAAGCUUACGAUAAAGCUGUUAAUUUGGCCAAAGAGGAAGUUACGAAACGUAUGGGGUUACAGGAAUCUCCGCCUGAAAAACCUAACAAAUCUGCAGCUCAAAAAGAACAUCGACAUUCUCACAAAAUGCAGAGGAAAUGGUGCGUCGGCUCUCCUUGUCGAGCUAUAUACUCCGAAGAUGGAGAGCUUUAUGAAGCCAUUAUUACCAAAAUGCAGGAAAAUACUGGGACUUGCAUUGUUAAAUUUAUAGGCUACGAUAAUACAGAAAAAGUGGAGCUUGCUUCGCUUUUAGAAUCCGAAGGACUUCAAAGUCAAAUCGCCCAGCAAAAAGCUUCCCUUCUAGAUAAAAGUAACGCGAGUUCUUCAAGUCCCCCCGAAGCUUCUGAGCUUCCAUCAGAGCCUAGAAAAAUGAACGGAGUUCCCGGAGAAAAUAUGGAUUGUGAUUUUCACGAAACUAAGACGUCAAAAAAUUCAUUUGCUUCGAUGCCAACCACUUCUUCCUUUCUUCCUGCAAUGGGAGUGAUGCCACCGGCACCUCCACUGCCACCUCAUCUUAUGAGCAAAUUACCUGAAAAUGAUGCUGACGCCCUUUCCAGUAUGUUAAUGGCCUGGUACCUUAGUGGAUUUCAUACUGGUUAUUACCACGGUUUAAAACAAGCGAGAAGUGCUCAGGAGAAACGAAAAAAAUGAAGUAUCGUCACUGUAUUAAACACUGUAAGAAAUCUAAAAAAUCGACUUUCUACUUUCAAAAUACAUUUUAUUUCUAUUAAA